AUGGAAUUAAAUACAUACAAUAAUAAGCGGAAGCCCACGUCCCCUACGCUCCAGUUAUACAAAAACCACCAAAUAUUACGGUACUGGUGGUGGUCAAUAACGAUGGAGACCUUUGGAAAUUAUCUUCCCCUACGAUUACAUACCUUGUUACCGGAAGGAUUUCAUGUUCGUAAGACAUUGUAUCGUCGUGGAACAUCUCGUAAAACCGAUUAUGUAUUUUUCGUCGAUGCUGACAUGGCAGUGGUAAAUCCAAAAAGAAAAAUCGAAGAAUUCAUAGACCCGAAUUUCGACAUAACUUUCUAUGAGCGUUUCAUUAAUGUGGAAAUCGCGGCUGGCAGCUAUUUGGUGAAAAAUACGCGAUGGGCAAGGAACUUUUUGAUGGACUUUUCCCUAUAUGGAGACAAGCUGGACGAUCGGGUGAUAGGGUCGGAUAAUGCGGCUUUACAUAUGUUCCUCGCCGAAGAGCUGUACCCGGAGCUGAAGGACUUGUUAAGGCAAUGCCAAAGCGCCCAAAAAUUGGUCGACUGGGGCGAGCUGUACGUUUACGAGACCUGUGUAAGAAUGAUUAUUGGCAAUCAUUACGAACUGAAGAACCAUGUGAGGAUCAUGAAAAAGGGCACGGGCUGGGUGCGCGACAUCUGGCUCGCCGACUCGAGGUGGAACCCGAAAAUGGAUUUUAUUUUGCAUGGCUAUCAGGAAAAGCGGAUACUGCCGUUUAAUGGAACGUUUAUAAAGCGAGCUCAGUUGCCCUGGAUGGAAAAAGCGGGCUUCUACAAAAUUAUGAAAAGCAAACCUCAGCUGAAGAAAUGUAAAAAUACCGACUACACGUUUGACUUUGAUGACCGCUUUGUUAAACCGAUGUUCGAGAUCAACCCCGUGCUCGACGACAUCCGCGCCGAGGUCGAGCUGAAAAAAUGGCAGUUCGCCGGGAUGGUGCCAAAGUUUCAAGAGAAA